CCGGACGGACGGACGGACCAGACGGAGUUGGCGGCGCGAAUCCAUGGCGCUCCUCUUCUUCGACCUCAGCCUCCUCCCUUCCCCCAACUCCAACUCCCGCCUUCUCGCCGCCGCACGAGCCCUCGAGCUAGGCUACGCUGCCGUCGCCCUCGAUCACCCGCACCGCGGCCUACUCGCCGACGCCGACCGCUGCCACACCGCUCCCUUCCCCGCCUUGUCUUCCCUCCCGCUCCCCCCCUCUGCCUCCCUCCACCGGUCCCGCAAUGGAUCCCCUACCUCCGAGCCCUUCCGCCAGUACACGCGCAUCACCCUCUCCCUCGACUCCGCUGCCGCCGCCGCGUCCGCGCUUGCCCCCUCCGCCGCCCGCCUCCUCCGCACAUACGACAUCGUCGCGGCGCGCCCUCUCACCCAGGCCGCGCUCGACCACCUCUGCCAGUCCGCCACAGAGAUUGAUGUCAUCUCCAUCGACUUCUCUCACAAACUGCCAUUCCGUCUCAAGCUCCCAACGAUCAAGCUUGCACUACAGAGGGGGAUACACUUUGAGAUUGCAUACUCUCCCCUCAUCGAUGAUGUCAAUUCAAGGAGACAAGUCCUGGCCGAAGCCAAUCUGUUGGUGGACUGGACUAAAGGAAAGAAUCUCAUCAUUUCAAGUGCUGCUCAUAAUGCUAAUGAAAUUAGAGGCCCCUAUGAUGUCAUAAAUUUAUGUGCAUUUUUGCUUGGUCUUUCUAUGGAGCGAGCCAAAGCUGCUAUGUCCGUAAACUGCAGGUUGCUUAUUUCCAAGGCUACGAGGAAGAAACAUUUCUACAAAGAGACAAUUCGAAUCGAUAGACUGUUACCAAAUGAGCAACUAAAUUCAACAAAGUAUAAGGUUGGUGACUGGAUUGGUUUGGAUCCUAUAUCUUUUAAAGGUGAUCGACAAACUUUGGAGACAAAUCUAGAACCUUCUCCCAACAAAGAUGAACUACCUGUUUCACCCACAAAUUUUCCCGCCAAAGUGUUGUGUCAUAAACGCCAUGAUGCUGAUGUGUCUCUCUUUGCCGACCGGUUAGAGCAGUCUACUGAUGAUAGUGAAAUUCCAGUUGAAACUCAAGAGGAAACCUUACAGGCUAACAGAAGCGAAGCUCACAGUGGCGCUGUUCACACCAUCAUGGUUAACCCUGAAAACAAUGAAAUUGUUAUGGCUGGUAGUAUGCAGGCUUGUGUUGCCUCUUCUGUUGACCAGAAAUGCAUUGAGGAGCAUGUUGAAUUUGUUGAGGAUGCAAUGGAAUUAGAUGCUACAGAAUUGUGCACAUUAAACCUCAUUUCAGGUGACGGUACUCCUUUAUCCUCCGAUGUUAAGUUACCAUGUUCUUCUCUUCCCCAGAGCAUGGAGCUUUUUGACACUAGUCUUGAGAACAAGGAUCCUGACCAACCUAGUAAAAUCGUAGAUCAUACUAAUACUUGUGCAAAUCAGGGGUAUAUCCGCACAUCUGGUGAUAGGGAGGAACAGGCACCUCUGGAUCAUGAAAUUGUUUCAUGUUCUGAUGUUUGCCUCGAGGGUAAGUGCCUGGACAAACCUGAUGAUGUUCCAGUUGACUCAAAGACUCACAGAGAUGCUGCGGAAUCAUUGGGGUGCUCAACUGGUGGGCGAGAUGAUGAGACGCCAUUAAAUCUUACAGUUCCAUUGAGUACUGAUUUAUGCGAAGACAUUGUACUGCCAGCUCAUCAAGUAGAGCAAAAUGUGGAUGAAGACAUCAAAAGUACUGACAGUUAUAAGGUCGAACCGGUUUACAGAAAUGCAAUAAGAAUGAUAUCAGUGGAAAAUACUCUCAGUGGUCAAGAGAUCAGUUCAGCUGCUGUUGUUUAUGAUAAGGGGUCCAGUGAUGAAACUCGGGAAAAUAAUGAAUUGGAAGAACAGAAUUUAAAGAAACCCAAUGCUUCAUUAGAGAAAGAUGUUGCUAAAAUAGAUGAGGGGCCACUAAAUUAUGAUUAUGCAGAUAAGGUGGAUAUAUCUACAGCUAGAUCAGAAAAGCGAAGACAAAAACUAUUGUUGCACGGCCCCUCGUAUAUUCCUUUCUUGGGCUUUCUUAAGCCUGUGUCUUUCAAGAAGAAAGUAUGCAAAGUAAGAGGCCUGGUCAAAUCUUUAUAUCAUAUCGUCUGCCUAAAAUGUGCUGGCUAACGCUAAUCAAUGUUAAUUAUGAAUCAUGUGUAAGGUUGUAUCUAGAAGAAAAUCAUAACAACUGUUGGCAGUAUACAUUUCAAGAAUUUUGCUACAUACCAAAGGCAAGCGGAUCUAUUUGCAAUAUGAUAUCCUGAUGCGCUUUGACUUUAUCUUGUCGGUUGGCUAAGGCCACUUGAAGGUUGACUAGCUCGUGUCGUCAGGCUCUUGAGUGGGGUACUGUACGGAUUCAUCAGAGGAUGUGCCAUUAUAGGAGAAGGGAGUCUUGCAAUUGGUUGUGGACACUUCCAGUGAUCUUACCAACCAAUAGCCAACUGAAAACAGCGUCCUGGAUCUGUAGCAUCAAACUUGUGUCAACUAGAUGCUUGAAACAACACAGAUCCUUGUGGGGGUCUAUCUUGUAGCUUGGAAUUUUCAAAAGUGUUAAUGAUUCUUCUCCACUGAAGUAGUCUCGAGAGAUUCACUUUCGAAGGUAAUGAUAGUAGUGGCGCAGACUUUCGAGGGACAAAGUCUAAUCAAGGACUGUCUUUCACACUUGCAUUCCGUGUCGAUCAAUGGUCAUCAGUCCAGUGAGGGAGAGGUUCAUGUGCAUCUUAGUUUUUGCAGUUUUGGACAUAAAUAAACACGCGAGACCUUUA